AUGAAACUAAGAAACUUCUCAGAAACUGCAGAACUCCUCCUGGGACUCUCGGAAGAUCCAGACCUGCAGCCUGUACUCUUUGCACUCUUCUUGUCCGUACACACGGCCACAGUGCUUGGGAACCUCAUCAUCAUCCUUAUCAUCAUCCGCGACUCCCACCUGCACACUCCCGUGUACUUCCUCCUCUCCAACCUGUCCUUUGUGGACAUCUGCUUCACCACAACCAUCAUGCCCAAGAUGCUGGUGAGCAUCCAAGUGCACAGUAAAUCCAUCAGUUACACAGGCUGCCUCAUUCAGAUCUGGUUUGUCUUGGUUUUUCUUGGAUUAGAAAAUGGAAUUCUAGUAAGCAUGGCAUAUGACCACUUUGUGGCCAUCUGUCGCCCCCUAAGGUACAAUGUCAUCAUGAGCAACAAACUCUGCUGGCUGCUGGUGCUGCUUUCCUUCCUCAUCAGUGUGUUAGAUGCCCUGCUGCACACUCUGAUGGCACUGCAGCUGUAUUUGUGCACCAACCUGGAAAUUCCCCACUUUUUCUGUGAAUUGGGUAGUCUCAAGCUUGCCUGUUCUGAGAUCCUCAUUAAUAACAGCCUGGUGUAUUUGAUGACAGGUCUGUUGGGUGUUAUCCCUCUCUCUGGGAUACUUUUCUCUUACACUCAAAUUGUGUCCUCUGUCCUGAAAACUCCAUCAUCUGGUGGAAAGUAUAAAGCUUUUUCCCUCUGUGGGUUACACUUAAUUGUAGCUUCCUUGUUCUAUGGGACAGGUUUUGGAGUGUACCUCAGGUCUGCAGCUGCCCAUUCCUCCAGGAAGAGUGCAAUAGCUUCAGUGAUGUACGCUGUUGUCACCCCAGUGAUGAACCCCUUUCUUUAUAGCUUGAGAAGCACAGAUAGGGCUCUACGGAGACUCAUCUCUAGAGAAACAUCUUUUCCUUAA